AUUUAAAUUAACAAAAAAAUAAAAUCAGAGUUUCGGUUUUUAAUGAAUGAAGACAAAUAAAACUGAAGCUGUUGACGUGGAACAUGAUGAUGUUUUAUUGAUCUUGCGAAUACGAGGAAGAGUUAGGGAUUUUGUUAUUUUGCGAAUUAGGGUUUUUGAAUUUGUAAUUAGCUCCUUCUUCAUUCUAUUGAUCUCUCGCCAUGACUGACGGUUUCUGGAAUCGUCAGCAGCCGCUUGUCCCUUCUCCUGGUUUUCUCAAAAGACCUCGUACUGAAUAUGAUGACACACCUUCUGGUCUGACCUCAGGUAAUGGGAUGCAUAAUUAUAUUGCUCAAAAUAAUGGUCACCAAAUGUCAAACGACACUAAAACACUUGGGUCUGCUUAUGACAGCUACCUUCGGAGUGCGGGGCAGCUUACUUCAUUUAAUUCUGGGGAAGCUGGUGUAAUUGGCGGUGUUGGAUUGGCAAGGGGUGUUAGUGGAAUACCAGGCCAUUCACUAGGUGAUCCUUCUGUCAUGGGGCGUCCUGGUGGCCCUGAAGUUGCACGUAAUGGGCGUAAUGUCAACUUUGGUGGUCAGCUACCAAUAGAUGCAGUUUCCAGGCCCAGACCUGAGUCAAUACCACUUCCCCCAGAUGCGUCAAGUACUUUAUAUGUUGAAGGGCUCCCGUCUGACUGCACAAAAAGAGAAGUGGCUCAUUUAGAUAUCUUUCGCCCUUUUGUGGGAUAUAGAGAAGUGAGACUUGUGACCAAAGAAUCCAAGCAUCGAAGUGGAGAUCCUUUAAUCCUUUGUUUUGUAGAUUUUGCAAAUCCGCCUUGUGCUGCAACUGCCAUGAGUGCCUUGCAAGGUUAUAGAGUUGAUGAACUCAAUCCUGAUUCCAAUUACUUGAGACUUCAGUUUUCUCGGUCUCCUGGCCCUAGAAGUGGGCCUGCACCUCGCGGCAAGAGGUGAGCUAGUUCACGUGGAGCUUUUAGGUUGUAUGUGCACAUAGCCUACACAGGCUGAGACCAAACUACAAUUGCAUUUAAGCAAAACUAACAUAACAUUUAUGGAAUGGUCGUAGCCAAUUACCGUGUUGUAUAAUUAGUGAUAAUAUAAAUUUGAUGGUGUGAAUGAUGCUAUUGUUGUAUUGAUUUUGUUUUUAUAGUUUUCAAUAAUAUGAUAAGAAUUGAAAUUGGA